AUGGAUCCCAGAUCAGAAACUUUUCAGGCAGACACAGGGUCCAAAAGAAUAACUGCAGCUGAACGAAGAAAGAAGGUCUUCUUAGGUGAGUUACCUGAUGACUUCUUACGCAUUGCUGCUCCAUCGCAUCUUUUAUCUGGAAAUCAUCCGCAAUCUGCUGCUCCUGCGCAUGCUGUAGACCCAAGCUCUAUCGCACACCACAACUUCAUACAAUCACAGCAUGCGUUCUACAGUUUUGUGCCGCCAAAUACACGCGGACGUUUAUCAAUAACACUUGUAGAAGCAAAACUAGUAAAAAAUUAUAGUCUGGUGCGAAUGGAUCCAUAUUGUCGAAUACACAUUGGGAAUUAUGUUUUGGAGACAUCGACAGAUGCUAGUGGGGGCAAGACACCGAAAUGGAAUCGUAUUAUCAACACUUAUUUGCCUCAUGGUGUUGAAUCGUUUUAUCUUCAAAUUUUUGAUGAAAAAGCUUUUACUGUUGACGAAUGCAUCGCUUGGUCACAUAUUGUUCUUCCAAAUGGAAUUUUCAAUGGUGAGAUAAUCGAUGAUUGGUAUCAGCUUUCUGGACAGCAGGGUGAAGGAAAAGAAGGUAUUAUAAACAUAAUAAUUUCUUUUACACCGAUCAAUAAGCCCGAAACUCCAAGUAAUAUGACCAGUAAAGCUCAGUAUCAAGGUGAUAAGAUACAAAAAAAACAACAGCAACAGCAAGGAGAAGUGCUUUAUACAGAAGAGGAUUCGAAGGAACUACAUGCUAUGUUCCCAUCAGUUGAAAUUGAUGUUAUCAAGUGUAUUCUUGAAGAAAAGCGAGGAAACAAAAAUGCUGCCGUUUCUGCAAUACUUGAAAUUACAGCUCAGCAGUAA